ACAUGUCUCUUCCUCAGCAUACGCAGACAUUUGUGAAAGUUGGUUUACUUGGUAAAGCCGUUGGAAGAGUUGCGUAAGUGUCCUCACAGGGCAGGAUGAGUGGCAUAAAAAUGCUGACAAAGAUUUCCUGUCAGGAUUUAGUCACAUGGGGAGGUAAGACUAUUUUACACUUCAUACACUUGUGGAGGAAUCAAAGAGGAAGGGGGAACAGCACAGAGGUAGGGACGUCUUAUUUGAUAUAUUUGACAGAAGAUCUGGACCUUUAAUAUAGGUACAUAUAUUUUGUAUUUUACCUUACAACAAUCAAACACACUUUACUGUUUGCAAUGGCUUUUAGAGCAUUUACACAAACACACGUUUAUGAAAAGCAAUCAGCUCCAAAAGAAAAGGACAAAUCCAGCAUUCAAUGCAUUGCGUACAAUGACCCAAAUGUAUAUAUAGGGACCAAAGAUGCAACAGUCCAGCAUCUCAUCCUUUCCAGUAGCACAGACAUGGGCGCUGGCCAGAGCAAAACUAGAGAAGGUAGGGCAAGAAAACUGGGCUCAAGCAACCAAGUAACCCAACUGAGGGUAGUCCCACUUUUCAACCAUCUGCUGGUCCUGUUGGACCGAAACGUUACUGCCCUCAACAUGUUCUCCUUAGAGCCCGUUCAUGGCUUGAAGAAAAUCCAGCAUGUGUCGUUGUUUGAGGUGUGCGACUCGAUGCUCGCAGCCCAGGUACCAUGUGUGCAGAUGGUGACUUCCUCCAGCCGCAGGAAGUUAAUUCGGAUUCACGUUGUGGGAGUGGAUAGGUGGGACGUCUUGCAGGAAGUCCCACUGCUCUAUGACCCUGUGGCAUUGGCAGUGGAUGGUACCAGUGUGUGUGUAGCUACCAGCGACAGGUACCUUCUCUGUGAUAUCCGGACUGGGAGCAGCCAGGAGCUUUUUCCUCACAAUCACAGCAGGCAGUGUGUCAUUGUUACCUCAGUGGGACGAGGGGAAUUCCUCCUGAACGGGCCUGAAUCUUUGGGCAUGUUUGUGAUGAAGACGGGGAUAUGCCAGCGCCCUCCCCUGCAGUGGCCUCAGGAGGUGCUGGCAGCUGGAGUAUGUUUCCCCUACAUCCUGAUCCUACAGCCCCAACUGCUGUCGGUCUACAGCAUGGUGGACCAGCAGCACAAACACACUGUGAAUCUCACUGGUGCAAAGGGACUGCUUUCCACAUCAGAUGGUGUGCUAGUGUUCACAGAGAGAGACAUUUUCAGCCUGCGCUUGGUGCCAAUCGAAGAGCAAAUCCAGGCACUUGUAAGGCAUGAAAGGAUCGAGGAGGCCUUACUGCUGCUGGAUGGAGUUCAAGGGCAUCAUCAACUUGACUCAUACAAGGAGCUGCUGAAGGCCAUCACUUGCCUGUCUGGGUUUGUUCAUUUUUACCAAGAGGGGUUUUCCGAGGCCAAAGAUCUAUUCAUUACAGGUGAGCUUGACCCCAGAGAAAUCAUCCACCUCUACCCCGACAUUCAGUCGUGUCUCAGCGCGGACUUUCAAUCCCAGCUUGAUCAGGCGAACAAGGGAAGAGAUCUCCAGGCGCUCUGGCAAGGAGACAGGAACACAUUUCAUCAUUACCUGGCCUUCCUGGGAGAAUUUCUCCGAGCAGUAAAGGGGACGGAGCAAGGCCUGAAGUGCAGUAAGGAGGUGGACUGUGCCCUCCUGAGGCUGUACGCAGAACUGGGAGACUCUGAAAGCCUGCAGCAACUUGUAGCAUUUCCAAAUGAGUGCAGGCUGGACCACUGUGUUCCAGUUUUGGAGCAGCACAACAGAUUCUUUGCCUUAGGUUCCCUUUAUCAUAGCCAUGGAAAUCACAUUGAUUCAAUUAAGACUUGGGUGAAAAUUGCAGAUGGCUUCCACAAAGACCCCUCUUGCUCAGAUGUAUAUGGACACAUAGUUUGGACUCUCAGUCAACUGCACGACAAAGAUGUUGUGUGGAGAUUUUCAGACUGGACUCUUCAAAAAAACCAGGAGAUAGGGGUGCAGAUCUUCAACAAGCGUCCACCAGAUGAUCGAUAUGAGACACAUGACGUCCUUGCUCUCUUGGAGAAGUACCCGCUGGCGCUGCUUUUGUAUCUUGAGUUUUUAAUCUAUGAUUUAAACAGUGAGGAGAAGAAACAUCACAGCCGUCUGGCCCUGACAUAUGUUACUGAGAUGCUACAGGACAAAGAGGAAGCAGAUCUGAUGAAGACCAGAGGGAAGUUGCAGCAGCUGCUAUGGGAAUCCAAAUUCUAUGACAUCUCUACUGUAUAUGAGAGAGUUAAGUCAGCAAACCUGCACAUGGAGGAAGCCAUUCUCCUUGGGAGGGCUGGUGAACACUCUAUGGCUCUGCAGGUGCUUGUUCACCAAGGAAACUUCCAGGCUGCCGAGGCCUACUGCUGCAGGGCUGCCCAGGGCCAGGACCCACAGUUCAGACAGACCCUGCUACUCACCCUGCUCCAAAUCUACCUCAGCUCAGAAGAUCUAACCAGUGCUGCCGUGGAUCUGCUCAACCACAACCCUCUGGUCUUUGCAGCAGAGAAGAUCAUCCAGCUCCUGCCUGAUUCCUGGUCUGUUCAACUGGUCUCCCAGUUCUUAGUUGGAUCACUCAGAGAGACUUUCCACCAGAGGCGGAUGUCAACACUGCAAAAGGCUUUGGGCCAAGCUGAGCUCAUGCGGCACAAGGUCAUUUGGAUGCAGGCCUCAAAAACAACAUUCAGACUGGAAAAGGGGCAGAAGUGCAAGGUUUGUCAGAGAGACAUCGCAGAGCCACAAUUUGCCUGUAACCUCCAUGGUGACCUGAUGCAUACAAGCUGCACUGGCUGUUCCUCAUCUUAGGAACUCAGAUACAGCAAUUUAUUGUCUGCUUAUGCAAUUAAGUGCAUUUCUGAACUGUGGAGAAUCACACUCAUUUGAAGUUGGAUAAGUGUCUGCUUCCUACCUGAUUAUUUCUGUAGAUUACACUGUCAUCUAGACAAACUCUGUACAAGGAUUCAAUUCAUGGACGUUGGACCAGACACUUUCCAUGAUUAGAAAAAAGAAAAUACAUUGUGUAAAUAACUGGUUUCAGAACGCAAAAAAGCAAGCAAUGCACUUUUUUAGGGCGGCAUGUCUGAGCCAUUUCCUAGAGACAUUGUAGACAGCAAUAGCUCUGAAGUGGAGGACACUCAGGGACAUAUAUUCACUGAUCAGACAGUGGUGUUUAACAUGGAAACCACCAUUGGUCAACCUGAUGACCAGAGGGAAUUGGACCAUCUUCUAUGGCUGUAUAUAUGCAUUCCCCGCCAUCACAGUUUCCACUGGCUGUGUAUAUUUGUCUGCAUAGAGCUGGAAAUAGAAGGUCAACAUAAAAGAGUCUGCACAUGUAUUUAUCCUGUUUAGUGCAUUGAUAUACAUUUAUGAGCAACACAAUAAAAUCACAAUUAUAGGCUUAAAAAUUAAAAGCAAAUAGGUUAAGGAAGUGCAGAGUUUAGGGUCUUUUUCCCUUAAUUUUACAAUCGACCAAAUGACAUGUCUGUGCUGUGUUUGGAACAUUAAAUCAUUUCUUACCAACAUCAUCCCUAUGUCCAAAUAAUAACACACUAACCCCAGUGUGUCCACAAGCACCGUAUGGAAAUCUUUUAUAAAAACUUAAACACAUAUUAUUAAGUUGUAUGCCAUUUAAGAUGUAUUUGUCUAUUUUCGUUGUAAUUUAGUCAUUAAGGCUAACCAUAGCUGAGCAUUUUGGAACAGGAGUUAGGGGAGACGCCUAAAGGAGCUGCAACAGUAACUUGUGCAUUUUUUAGCUUGACUGAUUGCAAGUUUUUGGUGUAUGUUUUUGGCCAUGGGUGUGUGACUAAUUACUGUGCAGAUAAUAGUGAAUUAUGAGCAUGUUGGAAGGGAUUAUUUCUUAUGCCUUUGCCAAGAUUUCUUCAGCUUUCCUCUCCUAAUGAUGUUUUUGUGGGACUUUCUUUAUUGUUCUCACUGAGGGUCUGAGAUUUGUGCUCAUUUAAUGUUCACUGUGUGGGUGUGAUGAAACUCUUUGAGCGUUUAACUGAGGCUUAAAAGGAUACACUUGAUUUAAGCUUUGACUUGAAAUUUCUCACUUGGAGUGUAUAAGCCUAACCUCUGACUCAUAUAAAUAAACUCUGAUCCCAGAAAAUCUAAGAAAACCACAA